AUGUCUACCAAUAAGCGUUACGUCCGACCAACCAAGGCCAGUAAUCUGCGUGCACUGGCAAACAACUCGAGGGCGGCCUCGAAUGAAUUGGAGACACGCUCCCAGUCGCAGUCGCCCAGCCGUUACAGUGUGUCGCGCAGCAUUUACACGGCCCGCAGCGUUUACUCCAUGCCCACAGAGGGCAGGUUCUCGGCGUCGUAUUUUGUGUCCCUUCACGAGCGCCCAACGAAGCCGGAAAGGCAAGUGUCCAAGUCGCGCACGAAUAGCCCCGCAGAAAGGUCUCGUGCCUUGCCCAAAGCCGAACUGCGCAGCGUCGGCACGCAGUACCAGGAGCUGCAGAGACUUCAAUUCGAAGUUGUUGAAUCAUUGGAACCCGCCGAGUCCAAGCUUGUGACUGAUGACGAGACGAAGAGCGACUCGAGUUGUUUGCCCCAACAUUUGCCGAACGAGUGUGUGCAGGAUCUGAAGGAUCGUUGCCAGGCAGCCGUUGAUUCGGGUUUCAUGAUGCUCUACGAUCACCUGGAGCCCAUCCAGCUGGCCAAGGAUGAGUUCGAGGCGUGCCAUCGGAAGGAGCAGCUGAAAGUGAAGCUGAAGGAGCUGCUGAGCCGCAAUAUGGAGAGAAUUGUAGAGAAUAUCGAUGAGGUGUGUGGGACAGCAGGAGCUGGCGAGCAGCAGGCUUCGUCCAAUAGUCAUCUGUACCGUGACAUUGGCAGGCUGCGGCGGCUGAAGCAGCACAUGGAGGGGCGCUUCCUGCAGCUCAACAAGAAUCACAAUGAGCAGAUGAACAGGCUGAGGGCGGAUCUCGAGGGGAAGCUGCUAGCUGGCGAGAGACACUGGCAGCAGACCCUGGGCGAGCUGCAGGAGCGCCUGCGGCACAGCGAGACCCACAGUAAGGAAACCAACUGCCAGCUGGCCAUGCAGAAUGCUGCCCUGACGGCCAAAGACAGCGCCAUCGAGUCGGCCAAGGCGGAAAUGGACAAGCUCAGCUCUCGCAACAUGGAGCUGAGUCAACUGGUGAAGGGAUCGGAGGCUGCGCUACUGAGGACACGGCAGGAACUAGAGCGCCUGGAGGGGCAGCUGAACGAGCUUAAGCAGCGUCACAUCCUGCCGGUCGUCGAGGAGAAAGAUCACAUCAUUAGCGACCUGAAGCUGAAGAAUGAGGAACUGCUGCAGCUGAGAGACGUGCACCACGACCAAGAGCAAAAUAUUCUGCGGUUGAGUGCGAAGAACGAUGAGCUGGAUGCGAAGAUCAGUGAGCUGCAAGCGAAGCUCAAAAGCACGAAAGCCCAGCUCAAUGCCAUUGAGCAAAAGGAUGAGCAGCUGCACUGGGAUCUGGAAUCCGUAAGGAAGGAAUUCAACUGCACUCAGGCGCUGGUGAUCAAGUUGCGGGAGCAGGCGAGUCGCGACAGCGAGGCUACAGCCACAUGCAGCCACGAGAUCAACAAACUGAAGAAGACAAUCGAUCAGCUCUCUACUUGGAGUCCUCUGGCAAGGACUGGCAGAUCAAUCAGACAGCAGCUGCUCGCGAAGGAGGAGCAAGUGGGCCAUCUCUUUGAGAAACUGGAUGGUCAGGUGUUGAAGCUCAGUCGCCUGGAGCAGUAUGUAAAAUUGAGCGCGGAAGAGAAUGAUCGCCUGAGGCAGCUACUGGACAGACAGAACGACACCAUCAAGAACCUGCGGGAGUUCAUUGCCAACAACAUUGGCACUUACCUCGAGCCACGGAAUGGCCUGCAGCAGCAGCAGAAUUUGAGCGGCCAUCAGCCACAGCAGCGACAUCAGUAG